CCGCGGCUGCAAAGUGUGAAUUACGCCGGGCUCGCGCCGGCGGCGGAGUGAAGUCAGGCUCCGGGGGAGGGGAGGGGCAGGACUCCGGCGGCGGCGGCGGCGGCGGCCCGAGCUGGUCGCUGCUCCUGAGUCCCGCGCGCCUUGGGUCCGGCCGCUGGCUCCAGCUGUCUUUUCUUGCACCGCUUUGCUCCGUUCGUGCUCCGCUCGAACUCUGCAGUCCGGGUACCUGCUCCUCUUGGCCGAGGAGCCGCAGGGCGGCGGGGUUCCCUCUUCGACUUUGCCUGUGCUGGCCCCGCUUGCACCCCGUUCCCCCUCGCCUGGAGCGAGGCGCGCGCCGGUCCUAGUAAUUGGCGCCGCGGCCGCCGCAGAGCCUUCCCGCCGGCGGCCCGAGCGGAGGGCUGGGGUUGGGGAGGCGUGAGCGCGGCUUCCCGGCCCGGGGUCAGUCCCCGCCCGCCCUGCCCCUGUCUCGGCCCGGAGCCCCCGAGCCGCGGCCCCCUCCCAGUGCAGGGGCCGGCGGCCGCGGCAGGGCGGGCGCCGCGCGGAGGCAGGGCGGGCGUAUUCAAUGGAAGUAUGUUACCAGCUGCCGGUACUGCCCCUGGACAGGCCGGUCCCCCAGCACGUCCUCAGCCGCCGAGGAGCCAUCAGCUUCAGCUCCAGCUCCGCGCUCUUCGGCUGCCCCAAUCCCCGGCAGCUCUCUCAGAGGCGUGGAGCUAUUUCCUAUGACAGUUCUGAUCAGACUGCAUUAUACAUUCGUAUGCUAGGAGAUGUACGUGUAAGGAGCCGAGCAGGAUUUGAAUCAGAAAGAAGAGGUUCUCACCCAUAUAUUGAUUUUCGUAUUUUCCACUCUCAAUCUGAAAUUGAAGUGUCUGUCUCUGCAAGGAAUAUCAGAAGGCUACUAAGUUUCCAGCGAUAUCUUAGAUCUUCACGCUUUUUUCGUGGUACUGCGGUUUCAAAUUCCCUAAACAUUUUAGAUGAUGAUUAUAAUGGACAAGCCAAGUGUAUGCUGGAAAAAGUUGGAAAUUGGAAUUUUGAUAUCUUUCUAUUUGAUAGACUAACAAAUGGAAAUAGUCUAGUAAGCUUAACCUUUCAUUUAUUUAGUCUUCAUGGAUUAAUUGAGUACUUCCAUUUAGAUAUGAUGAAACUUCGUAGAUUUUUAGUUAUGAUUCAAGAAGAUUACCACAGUCAAAAUCCUUACCAUAAUGCAGUCCACGCUGCGGAUGUUACUCAGGCCAUGCACUGUUACUUAAAGGAACCUAAGCUUGCCAAUUCUGUAACUCCUUGGGAUAUCUUGCUGAGCUUAAUUGCAGCUGCCACUCAUGAUCUGGAUCAUCCAGGUGUUAAUCAACCUUUCCUUAUUAAAACUAACCAUUACUUGGCAACUUUAUACAAGAAUACCUCAGUACUGGAAAAUCACCACUGGAGAUCUGCAGUGGGCUUAUUGAGAGAAUCAGGCUUAUUCUCACAUCUGCCAUUAGAAAGCAGGCAACAAAUGGAGACACAGAUAGGUGCUCUGAUACUAGCCACAGACAUUAGUCGCCAGAAUGAGUAUCUGUCUUUGUUUAGGUCCCAUUUGGAUAGAGGUGAUUUAUGCCUCGAAGACACCAGACAUAGACAUUUGGUUUUACAGAUGGCUUUGAAGUGUGCUGAUAUUUGUAACCCAUGUCGGACGUGGGAAUUAAGCAAGCAGUGGAGUGAAAAAGUAACGGAGGAAUUCUUCCAUCAAGGAGAUAUAGAAAAAAAGUAUCAUUUGGGUGUGAGUCCACUUUGCGAUCGUCACACUGAAUCUAUUGCCAACAUCCAGAUUGGUUUUAUGACUUACCUAGUGGAGCCUUUAUUUACAGAAUGGGCCAGGUUUUCCAAUACAAGGCUAUCCCAGACAAUGCUUGGACAUGUGGGGCUGAAUAAAGCCAGCUGGAAGGGACUGCAGAGAGAACAGUCCAGCAGUGAGGACACUGAUGCUGCAUUCGAGUUGAACUCACAGUUAUUACCUCAGGAAAAUCGGUUAUCAUAACCCCCAGAACCAGUGGGACAAACUGCCUCCUGGAGGUUUUUAGAAAUGUGAAAUGGGGUCUUGAGGUGAGAGAACUUACUCUUGACUGCCAAGGUUUCCAAGUGAGUGAUGCCAGCCAGCAUUAUUUAUUUCCAAGAUUUCCUCUGUUGGAUCAUUUGAACCUACUUGUUAAUUGUAAGACCCGAACGUAUAGCAAUAUGAAUUUGGCUUUCAUGUGAAACCUUGAAUAUGCAAAGCCCAGCAGGAGAGAAUCCGAAAGGAGUAACAAAGGAAGUUUUGAUAUGUGCCACAACUUUUUCAAAGCAUCUAAUCUUCAAAACGUGAAACUUGAAUUGUUCAGCAGCAAUCUCUUGGAAUUUAACCAGUCUGAUGCAACAAUGUGUAUCUUGUACCUUCCACUAAGUUCUCUCUGAGAAAAUGGAAAUGUGAAGUGCCCAGCCUCUGCUGCCUCUGGCAAGACAAUGUUUACAAAUCAACUCUGAAAAUAUUGGUUCUAAAUUGCCUUGGAGCAUGAUUGUGAAGGAACCACUCAAACAAAUUUAAAGAUCAAACUUUAGACUGCAGCUCUUUCCCCCUGGUUUGCCUUUUUUCUUCUUUGGAUGCCACCAAAGCCUCCCAUUUGCUAUAGUUUUAUUUCAUGCACUGGAAACUGAGCAUUUCUCAUAGAGUACCGCCAAGCUUUCACUCCAGUGCUGUUUGGCAAUGCAAUUUUUUUUAACAAUUCGUUUUUAAUUUGGGGUGGGAGGGGAAGAACACCAAUGUCCUAGCUGUAUUAUGAUUCUGCAGUGAAGACAUUGCAUGUUGUUUUCACUACUGUACACUUGACCUGCACAUGCGAGAAAAAGGUGGAAUGUUUAAAACACCAUAAUCAGCUCAGGGUAUUUGCCAAUCUGAAAUAAAAGUGGGAUGGGGAAGUGUGUCCUUCAGAUCAAGGGUACUAAAGUCCCUUUCGCUGCAGUGAGUGAGAGGUAUGUUGUGUGUGAAUGUAUGGAUGUGUGUUUGCGUGCAUGUUUGUGCAUGUGUGACUGUGCAUGUUAUGUUUCUCCAUGUGGGCAAAGAUUUGAAAUGUAAGCUUUUAUUUAUUAUUUUAGAAUGUGACAUAAUGAGCAGCCACACUCGGGGGAGGGGAAGGUUGGUAGGUAAGCUGUAACAGAUUGCUCCAGUUGCCUUAAACUAUGCACAUAGCUAAGUGACCAAACUUCUUGUUUCGAUUUGAAAAAAGUGCAUUGUUUUCUUGUCCCUCCCUUUGAUGAAACGUUACCCUUUGACGGGCCUUUUGAUGUGAACAGAUGUUUUCUAGGACAAACUAUAAGGACUAAUUUUAAACUUCAAACAUUCCACUUUUGUAAUUUGUUUUAAAUUGUUUUAUGUAUAGUAAGCACAACUGUAAUCUAGUUUUAAGAGAAACCGGUGCUUUCUUUUAGUUCAUUUGUAUUUCCCUUGUUACUGUAAAAGACUGUUUAUUAAUUGUUUACAGUUUGUUGCAACAGCCAUUUUCUUGGGAGAAAGCUUGAGUGUAAAGCCAUUUGUAAAAGGCUUUGCCAUACUCAUUUUAAUAUGUGCCUGUUGCUGUUAACUUUUGAUGAAUAAAAACCUAUCUUUUCAUAUUUUUAUCUUUGACAUUUACCUUAUAACUCAAUCCUUUGGAAAACACAAUGCUAAAUUACAAGGAAAUCAAAGUUAGCUUCUUGCAUUCAUCCCUCAGAUGUUUACUCAGUCUGAGCUUAUCUACUAAUGACUCACCUUGCAAGUGCCAGCUAGGGCUGUUCGGAGUCCUGACUAACACAGGGGAGAGGUCAGCUUUGAGCCAGGCCUUUUGUUCCCACAAUGGUGAACUGCAUAAGACAUCAGCAACUCUUGCAAGUACUAAAAUACUAGUUGUAUUUAUUUCUAUCAAUCACUGGCCUUUUUAAAGUGAUAAGAAAAGGCCACUCCAUUCUACUUGAUUUAUAUCAAUGUAGAAAAGGUACCACUGUGCCAUUCCUAUAACUUCCCAGGUCCAACUCAUUAGAAGGGAUAUGGUGCAAACUUCUAAAUCAAACACAUUAACAUAUUAUUUGUACAGAAGAGUGUUGAUAUCCAAUAGAAACAGAAUCCAAGCCACAUAAUUUUCGGUUUUCUAGUAGCCACUUUUAGGAAACAUGGAAUUAAUUUUAGUAACAUCUAUUCCAAUACAUCCAAAAUAUUGUAUCAUUUUAAAAUGUCAGUAUAAAAACAAUGAGAUGUUUUUACAUUCUUUUGGGGGUACUAAGUCUUUGAAAUCCAGUAUAUAUUGUGUACUUACAGCACAUCUCAAUUUGGACUAGUCCUGUCUCAGGCACCCAAUAUCCACAUGUGGCCAGUGGCUACCAUAUUGGACAGUGUGGGUAUAGAGGUCUGAGGGUAGUAGAGGAAUACGAUCAGCUGGGCACUCUCGUGAGAUGGCCAUACCUUGGCCAAUAUUUAAUGUGUACAGAAAGUCUGAUAACUCAUAGACCCUUAAAAACUCAGGCCCAGUGUUUCAGUACAUAGAGAAUGGAACUAUCAUGGCAAACCCACAUUAACCAAGCUCACAGUAACUAUUUUUUUAAAACACUAUCAAUAUUUUCAUUUAUAAUGAGAAAUGUAACUAUCAAUUAUUCUCUCCCUUUAGGCAAAUCUUCCUGGGAAGCCAAAUUAUGACCAGCUGGUGAGCAUGGAUUCUGAGCAAGGGAAGCAAGUUGCCUUGUGCACCCAUGUCCCUUUGGGUGCACAGAAGACCCAUGUCUUCUGUGACAUUCGUGUUUGUGGACCAGGGUACCCUCUUCCCCUGGAAGGUACUAGAGAUUCUCUGCCAAUAGUUGCUUCUCUACAUCAGCUUCUGAUUGGCACAUGCAUUAAAUAACAUCAUUACCUCAAGCCUUGUUUCAGUUGAGCUCACCUGGGCUCCAUUCUUACUGUAUACAUGAUUGCUUCUGCUCUGAUCCAUUGUUUGUCUUAUAGUUUGAAACUGAAAAGAUCAUCCUAUUUACACAUUCUCAGGGGAACCGUGGGUGUGGCUCCCAUUUCCUGCUUACACAUAUAAUAAACCUAUUGAAAAGUUGUUUUAUUAUGUAUAUGUGGGAAUCACCUUCUAUAGCCCUACAUUUUUUUUUUUUUUUUUUUUUUUUUUUUUGAGACAGGGUCUCGCUGCUAACAAGGCUGGAGUGCGGUGGCAUGAUCACUGCAGCCUCCACCUCCUGGGCUCAAGCGAUCCUCCCACCUCAGCCUCCUGAGUGCCACCACACUGCCCAGCUAAUUUUUUUUUUUUUUUUUUUUUUUGAGACGUAGUCUUGCUCUGUCGCCCAGGCUGGAGUGCAGUGCCGUGGUGAUCAUGGCUCACUGCAAGCUCUGCCUCCCAGGUUCACGCCAUUCUCCUGCCUCAGUCUCCCCAGUCCCUGGGACUACAGGCACCCACCACCACGCCCUGCUAAUUUUUUUGUACUUUUAGUAGAGUUAGGGUUUCACCACGUUAGCCAGGAUGGUCUCAAUCUCCUGACCUUGUGAUCUGCCCACCUUGGCCUCCCAUAGUGCUGGGAUUACAGGUGUGAGCCACCAUGCCCAGCCAGCUAAUUUUUUAAAAACAUUUUUGUGGCCGGGCACAGUGGCUCACACCUGUAAUCCCAGCACUUUGGGAGGCUGAGGUCGGUGGAUCACCUGAGGUCAGGAGUUCAAGACCAGUCUGGCCAACAUAGUGAAACCCCGUCUCUACUAAAAAUACAACAACUAGCUGGGUGUGGUGGCGCAUUCCUGUAAUCCCAGCUACUCGGGAGGCUGAGGCAGGAGAAUCGUUUGAACCCAGGUGGCAGAGGUUGCAAGGAGCCGAGAUUGUGCUACUGCACUCCAGCCUAGGUGACAGAGAAAGACUCCAUCUCAAAAAAAAAAAACUUUUUUGUAGAGACAGGGUCUCACUUUGUUGGCUUGGCUGGUCUUGAACUCUUGGGCUCAAGCAGUCCUGCCACCGUGGCCUCCCAAAGUGCUGGGAUUACAGGUGUGAGACACUGCAUCAGGCCUAUAGCUCUACUUAAAUAGGACCUAUAUUACUGGAAUUUUUUUUUCUAGAAAAAUUUUAGGAAACAGUUAAAUAUUUAAAAGAUUACUUUUUUAAAAAAGUAAGUAAAUAGAACAGAAUGCAAAAUGUAUUUUACAUGGGAGACUAAACAUUUUCACACACAUGCCCACCCUUCAGGCCUCUUGGCUUAACAUUUCAGGGGCUGAGGGAGUCUCUGCUCUAGGAGUAAAAGGUCCUUGGAGAGAAAAUUUUGACAAGUCCUAACUUUAAAAAAGAAAAACAAAUUGGUUCCUGGUCAAUAUUUGUACUCACUUUAAAUGUGAUGGUUUGUAAUGAUACUCUUUGUAUAAAAGUAAAAAUCAUAUUUUAUGUCCUUUGCAAACAAAUAUAUUUGUACCUGAGGUACAGAUUAGAGGUGCUAGUGAUUCCUUGAAGAUUCUGAAAAUGAUCUUUUUUUCCAAAAUGCUUUCUUGGUUUUUAUUAAACUUUCUAUUUCCUUAAAAUUCUCACAUCAGGUAUUUCCAGUGUUUUCAAGCAUGUAUAAAUAUUUUAAUGUAUAAAUGUUGUUUAAAAUCCCCUAGAUCGGUAGUAUCUCCUGAUUGAGAAAAUACACAGUGACCAAUAGCUAAUAGGAAUUCAGUAUUGCUUUCAAAGAAAUGUGCAUAUUAAUCACUGUAGCAUCGGCAUACGUUUGAAACACGGAGCAGUAUACGUCUGUGCAAGAAUUAGCAGCUGUUCCUUGCUAAUAAUGACUUGUGUCAUCUGGAAGGCCCCCAAGAGCCCAUGGUCUACAAGUGGAAUGACCACCACUUGGGAGUGAGCUGAUGGAGAGCACCUAGCAGGUAUCCUCCAUCUUCCUGGUUCCUAUGCUCAGCAUAGGGCUGGUGUACAUUGGGCCAUUAAUAAAUGUUUGUUGAACAAAUUAA